AUGUUUGCCAGCAUCGGGGCCGGGCUGCUGGGGUCCCCCGCCGCCCCGCCGCCAGUCCAGGAAAAGCGGACAGGCACCGUGUUCCCUGGCGAGCUGGAGUACUGCGCUGGCAGGCGCGGCUGUCCAGCAAUCGCAGGAGCCGGGGCGCGCACCAAGCGCAUUGCGGGCGUGAAGAACCUGGACAUCUAUGCGCUUGGGCUCUUUGUGGACCCGUCGGCGGUGCGGGGCGCGCUGCAGGGCAAGUUCAGGGGCGCCGACCCGGCCAGCCUGGCAAAGGACCAGAAGCUGUUUGAUGGCUCCGACUGUACUCGUUUGUCUGCCGCAGAGCUGGUGAGCCACGAGGGCAUCGAGAAGACCCUGCGCAUCGUCAUCACCAGCGGCAUGGUCAAGCAGCGGCCCUUCUUGGAGGCGCUCGAGGAGCGGCUGGAGCCGCCGCUGAAGCAGGCUGGCGAGCUGGAGGCGCUGCAGCGCUUCAAGCGCCAGUUUGACGGCGCGCCCUUCCGCAGGGGGCUGCAGAUCACCUUCUGCGCCUCGGGCACCAAGCUGACAACCACGAUUGACGGGAAGCAGGUGGGCACCAUUGCCAGCCGCCAGCUGACCCGCGCGCUGCUGGACAUCUACCUGGGCACCAACCCCGCCAGCAAGGGUGCCAAGGACAGCUUCGGCCGGGGGCUGGCCAGCAUGGUGCUGGACUGA